AUGUCAUCAGAUUAUGGACCACCAAAUGAAAAUUCCUUAUUGAAUAAUAUACUACCCAGUUAUGAGAUGUUUAAAAGUACUAUUUCAUUAGAAUUGGAGCCAAGUAAUGAGAAUUUUCUAGUUGAUCCACCAACUUAUGACGAUUAUGAGAUGACUCCUGUUUCUUCACAAACUCAAUCACCACUAGAAGAACAACCACCUUCAGAUUCAAAUAAUUUAUAUGUUGAUGAUUAUUUUGAUCCAAAUCAAGAAAAUGAUAAUUCAUGGCAAAAUACAAUUCUAACAAAUGUUGAUAAAUUAGCAAAUUUAACUUUAGAACAAAAUUCACCAAGUAACCAAUUAAAUGUUAAUAUUAAAUUUACUGAAAAUGUUUGUCAAAAGGGUAUUAAACCAGUAAUUAUAGAUCCUUCAAAUAAAGAAUUUACUCAAGGAGAUUAUAUUCAUGGAUAUAUUACAAUGGAAAAUACUUCAAAUGAACCUAUUUCAUUUGAUAUGGUUUAUGUUGUAUUCGAAGGUACAUUAACUGUAUUAGAAACAAAUUUAACUUCAAUUAUAAAAUUCAAAUUUUUAAAUAUGAUGGAUUUAUUUGCUUCUUGGUCUUAUGCAAAUAUUGAUAGAUUAGUUACAGAUAAUGGGGAUCCUCAUGAUUGGUGUGAUGGAGAAAUUGAUCCUUAUGAUAAUACUUUAUUAGCCAUAGACGUAAAGAGAAUUUUUGAACCUCAUGUUAAAUAUAAAAGAUUUUUCACUUUUAAAAUACCAGAAAAAUUAUUAGAUGAUGAAUGUGAUCAUAGUUUACCAAUGCAUACUCAAAUAAUACCAACUUUUGGAAUUGAUAAACAAAAUAUUCCUCCAUCAGUGAUACUAGCGAAUAAAACGAAUCAAAUUAAAGAUUUAUCAUUUAUUGAUAGUAAUAUAACUUAUAGUGUUGAUGCAAGAGUUAUAGGAAGAGCAUCGAAAUAUAAUUAUAAGCUUGGAAAUGAAAAAGAUCAAUUUAUACUAGCGAAACAAGUUUCUUGUCCUAUAAGAGUGAUUCCUAAUCAUAUUGAAUUUGAUUAUGAUGCAAGUGUUCAUUAUCAUGCAUUUGUUCAAUCAGUUGUUGAAAAAAUAGAAUUUGGUAAUAGCUUGUUAUAUAAUUCUCAUCCAUUACUUAGUCCGUCGGUAAGUCAAGAUACAAUGAAAAUUAAACAACUUUACAAUGAAACAAGAUGUGAUACUAAAAGUUUCCAAUAUGAAGCAGUUCAACCAUUUAAGAAAAAAUCAUUUGGUUCUUCAAAAAAUUUAGGAAUUGUAUCAUUAUCUACUGAUAAAAAGACUUAUGUCAUACAAUAUACUCCACCAACAAAAUUUGGGACUGAAAUCAAAGACACAGAAGUAAUAAUUCCAAUUGAACUUAAAUAUACGGGUAAAGAGGCCCCUGAAGUUAAAUCAAUUGAUGUUGAGUUAGUAACGCUAACAGUUCAGUCUAAAAAGCAUUCAAUACCGAUUGAAUUUACAUCAGAAAUGUUAUUUAAUGAUCAAGAAAUAACUUCAAAACCAAUUGCAAAUAAUUUCGAUCUGAUAAUAAUACAUAAAUUUCAAAAUUAUCUUCAUGAAUUAAAUAGAUUGAUCAAAGAAUGUGGGAAUGAAACAUUAAAAAUAGAAACUAAACAAUAUAGAGAUGUAAAAGCAUUAGCAUCCUUGAAGACAAAAUAUAUUAACUUGCCAAUAUCCGAUUUACUAUUUUUAACACAAUCAAAAGAUGGAUUUGGCUCAAAUGCUCUGAUAAAAUCAAUACCGUGGGAAAAAGACGAUCAAUGGUUUAAAAAGAAAUUUUUCAUCAAAAUGAAUUUAAAUAAUUGUGGUUUAAAAGGAAUUGAUCAUCCAAUAAGAGGAUUAAAUAAAAUUACCUUAGUACCAAAUUUUCAAACUUGUUAUAUGGCUAGAUUAUACUAUUUAAAAAUUAAUUUAAAAACUAAUGGUGCUUUAUUAAUAUUACAUGUUCCUAUAGAAAUAGUUAAAUAG